GACAGUGUGGUGGACUGUCGGCUCACAGACCUUCGUGAGGAGGACACUGUAGAAGCUGUCCCCACGGUGACAAGGACCGGCAGGGACUGGACAACAUGCUACUGAGGCUGAAGAAAGGGCUGAGGGACAAUUACACCCUCACAAGACACACCCUCACAGCCCAGGUGAGCACGAUAUGAUAAGCCAGGGUAACAGAACACACACAGACACACACAGGAAGGUGAACAUUGACUGGCAAAGAAUCAACAUUUGGCUAGCCUGGUCCUAGAUCUGUUUAUCCUAUUGUAUGAUAGUUGUCAUGCCAUGUUACCAUAAAAGUUGGCUAUACAUAGGAGUUGGCUAUACAGUGGGGGAAAAAAGUAUUUAGUCAGCCACCAAUUGUGCAAGUUCUCCCACUUAAAAAGAUGAGAGAGGCCUGUAAUUUUCAUCAUAGGUACACGUCAACUAUGACAGACAAAUGGAGGAAAAAAAAUCCAGAAAAUCACAUUGUAGGAUUUUUAAUGAAUUUAUUUGCAAAUUAUGGUGGAAAGUAAGUAUUUGGUCACCUACAAACAAGCAAGAUUUCUGGCUCUCACAGACCUGUAACUUCUUCUUUAAGAGGCUCCUCUGUCCUCCACUCGUUACCUGUAUUAAUGGCACCUGUUUGAACUUGUUAUCAGUAUAAAAGACACCUAUCCACAACCUCAAACAGUCACACUCCAAACUCCACUAUGGCCAAGACCAAAGAGCUGUCAAAGGACACCAGAAACAAAAUUGUAGACCUGCACCAGGCUGGGAAGACUGAAUCUGCAAUAGGUAAGCAGCUUGGUUUGAAGAAAUCAACUGUGGGAGCAAUUAUUAGGAAAUGGAAGACAUACAAGACCACUGAUAAUCUCCCUCGAUCUGGGGCUCCACGCAAGAUCUCACCCCGUGGGGUCAAAAUGAUCACAAGAACGGUGAGCAAAAAUCCCAGAACCACACGGGGGGACCUAGUGAAUGACCUGCAGAGAGCUGGGACCAAAGUAACAAAGCCUACCAUCAGUAACACACUACGCCGCCAGGGACUCAAAUCCUGCAGUGCCAGACGUGUCCCCCUGCUUAAGCCAGUACAUGUCCAGGCCCGUCUGAAGUUUGCUAGAGUGCAUUUGGAUGAUCCAGAAGAGGAUUGGGAGAAUGUCAGAUGAAACCAAAAUAUAACUUUUUGGUAAAAACUCAACUCGUCGUGUUUGGAGGACAAAGAAUGCUGUGUUGCAUCCAAAGAACACCAUACCUACUGUGAAGCAUGGGGGUGGAAACAUCAUGCUUUGGGGCUGUUUUUCUGCAAAGGGACCAGGACGACUGAUCCGUGCAAAGGAAAGAAUGAAUGGGGCCAUGUAUUGUGAGAUUUUGAGUGAAAACCUCCUUCCAUCAGCAAGGGCAUUGAAGAUGAAACGUGGCUGGGUCUUUCAGCAUGACAAUGAUCCCAAACACACCGCCCGGGCAACGAAGGAGUGGCUUCGUAAGAAGCAUUUCAAGGUCCUGGAGUGGCCUAGCCAGUCUCCAGAUCUCAACCCCAUAGAAAAUCUUUGGAGGGAGUUGAAAGUCUGUGUUGCCCAGCGACAGCCCCAAAACAUCACUAAUCUAGAGGAGAUCUGCAUGGAGGAAUGGGCCAAAAUACCAGCAACAGUGUGUGAAAACCUUGUGAAGACUUACAGAAAACGUUUGACCUGUGUCAUUGCCAACAAAGGGUAUAUAACAAAGUAUUGAGAAACUUUUGUUAUUGACCAAAUACUUAUUUUCCACCAUAAUUUGCAAAUAAAUUCAUAAAAAAUCCUACAAUGUGAUUUUCUGGAUUUAUUUUUCUCAUUUUGUCUGUCAUAGUUGACGUGUACCUAUGAUGAAAAUUACAGGCCUCUCUCAUCUUUUUAAGUGGGAGAACUUGCACAAUUGGUGGCUGACUAAAUACUUUUUUCCCCACUGUAUGGCACAAUCUGUUGGAAGACCACACUAACAUUUGGCUGAUAGUCCGAGCAGAAAGAGUGAAACUUAAAUGUACUGGAGGACUACUGUAGAAAUCUUAGGUUUUGAUACAGGAAAGAUAGAAAGGAGAAUAGGAUGUGGUUUGUUUGAGUAGCACCUGAAUGCGAGGGCAAGCGGUUAUGCGUAGUAGGGGACCAACAUUGUUGUAGGUUGAGGCACUCCAGGUAGUGUGAUUCAUUUUGGACAUAGGCACCAGUAAAGGUAACUGUCAAAUAUGCCUACACUGAUGCCCUCUCUAGGGAAUAGGGUGCCAUUUGGAACGCAGCCCAUUGAAAGAUAAUAAACUAUUGUUCCUUCUGUGCAGGGUGAACCUGGCGUGGCCUACACUGAGUUGACAGAGGAGUGUAGGGCAGCCCCCGAAGUUACUCUUAUCAACUUUAUGCAAGAAUUUCCUCUGUGUUGCCUUAGGAAUAAAUCUAUCUCUACUACAGGAGCUGUGUCGUAUCAGAGGUCUGGCUGUCAAACAGACUGAGAUCCCAAGGAAGGCAUCCCACGAGCAGAUGGGUCAGUAUGUCCAAACACAUGAUACAAAUAUUAAAGAUUAUACUCCAUAUUGAUGUUGAAUAAAAUAGAUUGAUCACUGUGCUCAGACUGGUUUCACUUCACUUGUAGUGAAACAGAAUGUGAGCUUGCAAGAUCAGGCUGGUUUAGGGAGGUUAUAGAAAUACAUUAUGCUUGAUGCCAUGCCAACUGAUGCCUGUCCCCCUCCCCACCCCUCCAGGUCUAAGAUGCUGCCCAGCAUUGCUCCCCGGCCAGAUCAAUUUUGAUGACAAUAUCCCUGAGAUGGAUGUUGUAUAUAAUGUUAUGGCUAUGAUGGUUACAGGUUUGAAUGAGACAAUGUAUUCCCCUCCCCUAAUUCUUUCAAUAAAGUUCUUGUUUUAUUAAUAUUAUAUUACUUGUGUGUCUUUCCUGAUCAAAUGUAAGACUAAAUGCUAUUUGUUAUUAGUUUUGGUGCAGAUUGUUUAAUAUACUACUAUCCAGAUAAGAAAGUGUCUGAUCAAGGAACAUUCCAUAGACAAAUACCAUCGGUCAUUAAUACAGCUGUAACUUGUUCACAAAAAAAGUAGUAGUUUUUUUUACCCCAUUUUUCUCCCCAAUUUUGCGAUCUUGUCUCAUCGCUGCAACUCCCCAACGGGCUCGGGAGAGGCGAAUGUCGAGUCACGCGUCCUCCGAAACAUGACCCGUCAAACCGCGCUCCUUAACACCCGCCCGCUUAACCUGGAAGCCAGGAGGAGGAGGAAACCGUUCAACUGACGGCCAAAGUCAGCCUGCAGGCACCCAUCCCGCCACAAGGAGUCGCUAGAGCUCAAUGAGCCAAGUAAAGCCCCCGCGGCCAAACCCUUCCCUAACCCGGACAACGCUGUGCCAAUUGUGCGCCGCCCUAUGGGACUCCCGGUUGUGACACAGCCUGGGAUCGAACCCAGGUCUGUAGCCACUCGGGAGGCCCAGUAAAAGGUAUUUCUAUUAUGAUUUCAGAUGUUCAAUCAUUACAAAACAAGGAAGACUCAAUAUGCUCUAGGUUUUUAUCUUCAUUAGAAAGUUGUGUAAAUGGCAGUUGUUUAAAAAAAAAAAAGCAUUGAUUUUUGUAUGACACAUUUUCACAGGUGUUAUUUCUUGACUGAUUACAAUGUUAUUGAUGGGGUGCUAUUGUAUGUCAUAUCAUUUCAAAGGGCUGUUUCUCACUGUGUGUGUGCGCGGGCGUGCAGUAGCCCAGACAUCCAAACUAUGAAAUAACACAUAUGGAAUCAUGUAGUAAACAAAAAAGUGUUAAACAAAUCCAAAAAUAUUCAAAGUAGCCACUUAAAAUAUUUUUUGAUUUGUUUAACACUUUUUUUGUUUACUACAUGAUUCCGUAUGUGUUAUUUCAUAGUUUUGAUGUCUUCACUAUUAUUCUACAAUGUAGAAAACAGUAAAAAUAAAGAAAACCCUUGAAUGAGUAGGUGUGUCCAAACUUUUGACUGGUACUGUAGAUCAUUUGUAGUCAGCAAUAGGGGAGUGAUUGCUUCCUACAAGAGCAUAAAAUGUGUACAUUUUUAGGAGAGUGAUUGCUUCCUACAAGAGCAUAAAGUGUGUACAUUUUUUGACAUCUUUGAAAAGUCAGUCAGGUAAAGAGCUUUAUUUUGUCUUAAAGGGGCAGUGUUGUAUUUUGAGACAGGCUUGAAUAAGCUAAGUAUCCAAUAGGCAGAGGGCAGCGUCAUUUGUCUGAUUUUCUGUAAUAAUGGUAUGGGAAUAAUAAUGCUUUUUAUUUUGUAAAGUGGUUUCUUGCGUCAAACAACAUAACAUUUUCAGUCACCUCCUUGUCUGAAGGACAAGUGGAUAAACAGGUUAAUGUCAAUCCCUACAUGUUUUUUUCAAAAGUCUCAUGGAAUGUAGGCCUACAUUGAACACCACACAUUGGCUGCUACUGUAGGUUGAAUGAUAGAACAGCUAUUUCCAUGUUAAAAUGUUAUGGGAUGCAUUUUCUCCAUUGUUUUUGAUGGUAGGCCACUCUGGUAGGCCUACAUUAUGAUCAAAUAGCCACACUAGCCUACUUGGCCACUGUUAAAACUGUAACUUAAAGUGGGUACAGCCUCAGUGUUCACAGUAAACGCAUGCUGGAAGCUGCACAGAAUUUUCACAAUGUUCAAGUUUGCGCUCAGCAGACCUGAAAUUUGCUCAGUGUCGAAAGAAAUUAGAGGGAACAUUGGUCAUGAUCCAGCAAGAAAUUGAACAUUUCGCUCAGGCUGUAAAGGGUUAGUUUGCGUUGUUUGCAGGUCAUGAAGUCGUUCCUCUGUCACAUUGGCCACUGUCUCCAAACUUUCCGCUUUAGUUGAGUAGUUAUCCACUUCAGAAGUGAGCAGUGCAAGAUAUUCAUUUGCCGGUUUUAAUUGCAAGUCUAGGGCAGAGGUCAUUUCCUGAUAGUAGCGGCCAACUUUUUCUGUUGUCGGGUGUUGAGAGCCGCCAUGUUCCCACAGGUGAAUUGUGAAUGGACAGAUUAUGCCAGCUGCUGAAGCGAAAUAGACCUGCUAGUUGUUCCUUGUAAUACAGUGAACGUCCCACACCUUAAUAUGGCGUUAUAUGUUGACAAUUAUUUGAAAAUAAAUCAGUUAACUCAUAGUUAUUUUGCAAAAGAAAGCCACGCGUUUCAAUGCAUGCCACCGGAACUGGAAGUUCUGUUUUCAAUACCUUUCAAUACCUCACCUUGUGAGGAUAACGGUACUGAAAAAGGCUCAGUGCCAUUUUCCUCACAAGAUGAGGUAUUGAAAAUAGGGGUGUCGAUAAUUUUGACUGCCUACCUUUUUGAUAGGAAAAAUAUUUGUAGUACUUGUUAAACAAAUCCUCUUUCUCUGAGCAAUUGUGUUAGUAAAAAAUUAUAGAAUUUCCAAAUUUUUGGAGAAUACAAUAUAGCUCAGUAUUUGAAUAAUGAAUUUUAUAGUCAUUUUUGCUCAUCUUUAUCAAGGGUGUCAAUAAUUUCAGAACCCACUGUAUACAUUCACCCGCCAGUUUAUUAAGUACACCCAACUAGUACCAGGUCGGACCUCCCUUUGCCUCCAUAACUGAAUUAUUCGGGGCAUUCUUAGCAUAGGGAUGUUGGACCAUGCUGACGUGAUGGCAUCAUACAGUUGCUGCAGAUUGGACGACGGUACAUUCAUGCUACGAAUAGCCCAUUCCAUCUCAUUACAAAGAUGCUCUACUGGGUAGUCUGGGGACUGCACAGAAAAUUGAACUCGCUGUCAUGUACCAGGCAAUGUUUUUCCAGUCCUCAAUUGUCCAGUGUUGGUGAUUCCGUGCCCACUGGAGCCGCUUCUUCUUGAUUGUAGCUGAUAGGGGUGGAACCCGGUGGCGUCAUCUGUGGCAAUAGCCCAUCCGUGACAAGGAUCAACGAGUUGUGCGUUCCGAGAUGCCGUUCUGCACACCACUGUUGUACUAUUGUACAGCACCGCCUGUUAGCUUGCACGAUUCUUACCAUUCUCCUUCGACCUCUAACAUCAACGAGCUGUUUUCACCCACAGACUGCCGUUGACUAGAAGCUUUCUGUUUGUCGCACCAUUCUCGGUAAACCCUAUACACUGACGUGCGUGAAAAGCCCAGGAUGCCGGCCAUUUCUGAGAUGCCGGCGCGCCUGGCACCGAGGAUCAUACCACGCUCAAAGUUGCUUAGGUCACUCGUUUUCCCAUUCUAUCGUUCACUCGAACAGUAACUGAAUGCCUCGAUGCCUGUCUGCCUGCAUGAUAUAGCUCGCCACAGCAGUGACAGUCUGUAGGAGCGAACCAUUUUUGUGAACGGGGUGGUGUACCUAAUAAACUGGCCACUGAGUGUAUACAUACACAUGUUGCUGAGGUUGCCUUUAAUGUUGUGAUGUGUGUAACCCGGUGGAUUUUGACUCUAUCCUUUCUCCCCUCAGGGUGGUGAAAGAGGAGAUCUCAGACGAGUAUGCCAAACUGCCCUGUUUCAACGGCCGAGUCGUGUCAUGGGUGAGCAACUGUUCUUCAUGUUUAUCACCGUCAUCACCUAUCCCCUAUCUCAAUUCCAGCGCGGUCCAGUGUUUCUCUUUCUCUCUUUCUUUCUCUCUCUCAUUUCUGCCACAGUCCAGUUUUUUGUUCUCUCUCCAUCUGUCUGUCUGUCUGUCUGUCUCCCUCUCUCUUUCUCGCUCUCUCUGUAUAUCUGCAUGACCCCACUGUAUGCAGACAUCCAUCAUCAGUAGGUCGAGAAGAGGCCUGUGUAUGUGUUCACUUCACAGCAGUGUGUCACCAUUGAUUGAGAGGAGCAGAGUGCGUGUGUGUGACUGUUUGCUAGCUAGGCAACAGCGAACAGACUUGUUUAAUUGGGUUUUGGUGGGAUCUGUUUUGGCUUCACAUGGGUCGCUCAUUUGGGAGUUGUGUGUCUGACUCACUCACUCACUCACUCACUCACUCACUCACUCUCACACUCUCACACACACACAUUCUCUGUGUUCCACAAGUUCAUCUCUGUCCAACACAUGCACACUUCUACAUCCAAAUCCAUUCAUAGUCAUGCACAGCAGCCUCUUGAGUGAAAAUUCCAUCUAAUCCUAAGGAGAGAAACAGGAGGCUUUUAUUUUCUCUCUGCCCCUCUCCCUGCCUCUUUCUCUACAUCUCUCAUUCUCUGUCUGUCUGUCCGUUUGCCUGUCUGUGUGCCUCUCUCUCCCAGAGAGGCAGAAAGACCUUGGUUAACAUACAUUAUAUAUACAAAAGUAUGGACACCCCUUCAAAUUAGUGGAUUUGGCUAUUUCAGCCCACCCGUUGCUGACAGGUGUAUAAAAUCGAGCACACCGCCAUGCAAUCUCCAUAGACAAACAGAAGUAGAAUGGCCUUACUGAAGAGCUCAGUGACUUUCAACGUGGCACAGUCAUAGGAUGCCACCUUUCCAACAAGUUAGUUCAUCAAAUUUCUGCCCUGCUAGAGCUUCCCCGGUCAACUGUAAGUGCUGUUAUUGUGAAGUGGAAAUGUCUAGGAGCAACAACGGCUUAGCCGCAAAAUGGUAGGCCACACAAGCCAACAGAACAGGACCGCCGAGUGCUGAAACGCAUAGCGUGUAGAAAUCGUCUGUCCUCGGUUGCAACACUCACUACCGAGUUCCAAACUGCCUCUGGAAGCAACAUCAGCACAAGAACUGUUCGUCGGGAACUUCAUGAAAUGGCUUUCCAUGGCCGAGCAGCCGCACACAAGCCUAAGAUCACCAUGCGCAAUGCCAAGCGUCGGCUGGAGUGGUGUAAAGCUCGCUGCCAUUGGACUCUAUAGCAGUGUAAACGCAUUCUCUGGAGUGAUAAAUCACGCUUCACCAUCUGGCAGUCCGAUGGACGAAUCUUGGUUUGGUGGAUGCCAGGAGAACGCUACCUGCCCCAUUGCAUAGUGCCAACUGUUUGCUGGAGGAGGAAUAAUGGUCUGGGGCUGUUUUUCAUGGUUCAGGCUAGGCCCCUUAGUUCCAGUGAAGGGAAAUCUUAACGCUACAGCAUACAAUGAAAUUCUAGACGAUUCUGUGCUUCCAACUUUGUGGCAAAAGUUUGGGGAAGGCACUUUCCUGUUUCAUCAUGACAAUGCCCCCGUGCACAAAGCCAGGUCCAUACAGAAAUGGUUUGUCGAGAUCGGUGUGGAAGAACUUGACUGGCCUGCACAGAGCCCUGACCUCAACCCCAUCGAACACCUUUGGGAUGAAUUGGAACAUCGACUGCAAGCCAGGCCUAAUCGCCCAACAUCAGUGCCCGACCUCACUAAUGCUCUUGUGGCUGAAUGGAAGCAAGUCCCCGCAGCAGUGUUCCAACAUCUAGUGGAAAGCCUUCCCAGAAGAGUGGAGGCUGUUAUAGCAGCAAAGGGGGACCAACUCCAUAUUACUGCCCAUGAUUUUGGAAAGAGAUGUUCGACGAGCAGGUGUCCACAUACUUUUGGUUAUGUAGUGUAUCUUGCCUGGUCUACUGACUCUUUCCCUCUUUUCUUCACUCUGCAUUUCCCCUGCCCCGGGGUGUAGUUUCCCCUAGAUACAGAUCUAGCAUCAGUUUCCCCUCCACCAAUCAUAACCUUAACCAUUAGUCGGAAAAAUGCUAAACUGACGCAAGAUCAGCGUCUAGGAGGGCCUGGACACUGAGGUGAACUCAGCGCUCUCAGGCUGAGGUUUUGGUUGAGCUCUGGUCAUGACUACCACUGAGCUGGCUAGAACUCCCUGGACACGAUUGAACACUGUAUUUUGGGUGUGUGGUUAGACCUCAAUAGCUCCUUUUGGUGGCCAUAAGGGAGAGGUGCAGAUGCCACUCCCAUCGCUCUACUUCCUCUCCUCCCUUCCCUUCUCCUCUCUUUUCCCUUCUCCUCUUUCCUGUAUAAGGCAAGCAGAGGAAGCAGUGAAGCAUAUGAGGGAGAUAUGCAUUUCCCAAACUUUAGAACACUGGAGCUGGUCUGAAAUGUACUCUAGAUCAGUGUUUCCCACACAACAAAAUGUGGAAAAAGUAAAGUGCUGUGAAUACUGUCUGAAGGCACUGUAGUUGCCCAACUUUCUGUUCAGAUACACUGGUCCUCGAGUACCCCCAACAGUACACAUUGUCAUUGUAGCCCUGGACAAACACACUUCAUUCAGCUCAUUGAGGGUUUGAUGAUUAGUUGACUAGUUGAAUCAGGUGUGCUUGUCCAGGGUUACAAUAGAAAUAUGUACUGUUGGGGGUACUCAAGGACCAGGGUUGGGAAACACUGCUCUAGAUAAAGAAAAGGAUUACACAGUGGUAUCGGGAGAUUUUUAAGGUUUUGUCUAUGGAUGAACUUGGCGCUAGGAGGAAAGGAAAACAUUUAUACAUCUGUACUAAAGUGUGGCAGCCUAUGCUGGACCAUUUGCUGUUAGAGAGGCAGAUAAGCUGUAGUUUGGGGCUUGAAUGGGCCACCUUAACUCAGUGUAAAGGGAGUACUGUUUAUGCCGAUAUGUAAGCUUAUUGCAUGGUGAAAUGUGAGGUGUGUAUCUGAACAGAAAGUUGGGCAACUACAGUGCUUUCAGAAAGUAUUCACACCCCUUAACCUUUUCCACAUUUUGUUGUGUUACUCUAAUGUCAAAGUCAGUCAAAGUCAAUGUCAAGAAAUUUGCCCUGGCAUUUUAUCCACACCAGCCCACAUCACUGUGCACGCCGCCAACUCUAAAAUGUUUUAUGAGAUUGGAGAACAUAUUGGGGGGGAUUUUAGACCAUUCCUCCAUACAUAAUAAUCUGUGAUUAUGGACUGCCCUCUUCAAUUCCAACCACAGGUUUUCAAUGGGGUUGAAGUCCGGAGACUGAGAUUGCCAUUGCAAAAUGUUGAUUUUGUGGUCAAUUAACCAUUUAUUUAUGGAUUUUGAUGUGUGCUUGGGGUUAUUGUCUUGCUGGAAGAUCCACUUGCGGCCAAGUGUUAGCCUCCUGGCAGUGGCAAGCAGGUUUUUGGCUGAAAUGACCUGGUACUAUGGGGCUAUUUUGCUUCCACAAGUCCUGGGGCCCUUGUUAAGGUCAACGGCAGUGGUCACCAACCGGUCGAUUCCAAAUCAAGAUUUGGGUCCGACCAUAUACUGGACUGAAUCAGGUGCACCUACAGCAUGAAACAAAAAAAUUAAAAUAGGAACUCAAGGCUUUAUUGUUUUUUUUUUUACAGAAAUGUUUGGUGAUCAACUAGGAAUGCCUUGGAGAUCGCCCAGUCGAUCACCAAACAUUUCUGUAAAAAACCCAACGAUAAAGCCUUGCGUUAAUUUAUUUAUUUUAUUCGUCUCGCGCUGUUGGCGGUAGGUGCACCUGAUUCAGCUGCCCUGCGUGCCGGGUAGGCAAAGUGUUCCCAUUUUGAACCAUUUCAUGCGUCUGAAGGUACAAACUCUUCCUUCCUGGCAGGCCCGGAGAGCAAAUCAAGAGCACUAUAGGCCUAAAAAAAAAAUCUGAGUGGGAGAUCUCUGCCAAGUACCAGGAUAUUCUUUGCAAAAACCUGGUUGCCUCUGCCAGGAGGCUGACACUUGGCCGCAAGUGGAUCUUACGUACUGUCACAGAUAUACAGUUGAAGUCGGAAGAUUACAUACACUUAGGAUGGAGUCAUUAAAACUUGUUUUUCAACCCUCCACAAAUUAACAAACUAUAGUUUUGGCAAGUCGGUUAGGAUGAUACAAGUAAUUUUUCGAACAAUUGUUUACAGACAGAUUAUUUCACUUAUAAUUCACUGUAUCACAAUUCCAGUGGGUCAGAAGUUCAUACACUAAGUUGACUGUGCCUUUAAACAGCUUGGAAAAUCCCAGAAAAUGAUGUCAUGGCUUUAGAAGCUUCUGAUAGGCUAAUUGACAUCAUUUGAGUCAAUUGGAGGUGUACCAAUACCAAAAAUGUAUGCACGCAUGACUGUAAGUCGCUUUGGAUAAAAGCGUCUGCUAAAUGGCAUAUUAUUAUAUUAUUAUUACCUGUGGAUGUAUUUCAAGGCCUACCUUCAAACUCAGUGCCUCUUUGCUUGACAUCAUGGGAAAAUCAAAAGAAAUCAGCCAAGACCUCAGAAAGAAUAUUGUAGACCUCCACAAGUCUGGUUCUUCCUUGGGAGCAAUUUCCAAACACCUGAAGGUACCACGUUCAUCUGUACAAACAAUAGUACGCAAGUAUAAACACCAUGGGACCACGCAGCCGCCAUACCGCUCAGGAAGGAGACGCGUUCUGUCUCCUAGAGAUGAACGUACUUUGGUGCGAAAAGUGCAAAUCAAUCCCAGAACAACAGCAAAGGACCUUGUGAAGAUGCUGGAGGAAACAGGUACAAAAGUAUCUAUAUCCACAAUAAAACGAGGCCGCUCAGCAAAGAAGAAGCCACUGCUCCAAAACCGCCAUAAAAAAAACAGAUUACGGUUUGCAACUGCACAUGGGGACAAAGAUUGUACUGUUUGGAGAAAUAUCCUCUGGUCUGAUUAAAUACAAAUAGAACUGUUUGGCCAUAAUGACCAUCGUUAUGUUUGGAGGAAAAAGGGGGUACCUUGCAAGCCGAAGAACACCAUCCCAACCGUGAAGCGCGGGGGUGGCAGCAUCAUGCUGUUGGGUGCUUUGCUGCAGGAGGGACUGGUGCACUUCACAAAAUAGAUGGCAUCAUGAGGAAGGAAAAUUAUGUGGAUAUAUUGAAGCAACAUCUCAAGACAUCAGUCAGGAAGUUGAAGCUUGGUCGCAAAUGGGUCUUCCAAAUGGACAAUGACCCCAAGCAUACUUCCAAAGUUGUGGCAAAAUGGCUUAAGGACAACAAAGUCAAGGUAUUGGAGUGGCCAUCACAAAGCCCUGACCUCAAUCCUAUAGAAAAUGGGUGGGCAGAGCUGAAAAAGCGUGUGCGAGCAAGGAGGCCUACAAACCUGAUUCAGUUACACCAGCUCUGUCAGGAGGAAUGGCCCAAAAUUCACCCAACUUAUUGUGGGAAGCUUGUGGAAGGCUACCCUAAACGUUUGACCCAAGUUAAACAAUUUAAAGGCAAUGCUACCAAAUACUAAUUGAGUGUAUGUAAACUUCUGACCCACUGGGAAUGUGUUGAAAUAAAUAAAAGCUGAAAUAAAUCAUUCUCUCUACUAUUAUUCUGACAUUUCACAUUCUUGAAAUAAAGUGGUGAUCCUAACUGACCUAAGACAGGAAAUUCUUCCUAGGAUUAAAUGUCAGGAAUUGUGAAAAACUGAGAUUAAAUGUAUUUGGCUAAGGUGUAUGUAAACUUCAGACUUCAACUGUACAUACAAAAUAAUAUGAAUUGACUCUAUGUGUUAAUUACUAUUACAGGUCUCCAGGCUAACAUUUUCCCCUGGUGUCACUGGUGCCACUAACUUUUACAGUUGGUAGUACCAGCCCAUUAUACAGUGGGGGAAAAAAUUAUUUAGUCAGCCACCAAUUGUGCAAGUUCUCCCACUUAAAAAGAUGAGAGAGGCCUGUAAUUUUCAUCAUAGGUACACGUCAACUAUGACAGACAAAUUGAGAAUUUUUUUCCAGAAAAUCACAUUGUAGGAUUUUUAAUGAAUUUAUUUGCAAAUUAUGGUGGAAAAUAAGUAUUUGGUCACCUACAAACAAGCAAGAUUUCUGGCUCUCACAGACCUGUAACUUCUUCUUUAAGAGGCUCCUCUGUCCUCCACUUGUUACCUGUAUUAAUGGCACCUGUUUGAACUUGUUAUCAGUAUAAAAGACACCUGUCCACAACCUCAAACAGUCACACUCCAAACUCCACUAUGGCCAAGACCAAAGAGCUGUCAAAGGACACCAGAAACAAAAUUGUAGACCUGCACCAGGCUGGGAAGACUGAAUCUGCAAUAGGUAAGCAGCUUGGUUUGAAGAAAUCAACUGUGGGAGCAAUUAUUAGGAAAUGGAAGACAUACAAGACCACUGAUAAUCUCCCUCGAUCUGGGGCUCCACGCAAGAUCUCACCCCGUGGGGUCAAAAUGAUCACAAGAACGGUGAGCAAAAAUCCCAGAACCACACGGGGGGACCUAGUGAAUGACCUGCAGAGAGCUGGGACCAAAGUAACAAAGCCUACCAUCAGUAACACACUACGCCGCCAGGGACUCAAAUCCUGCAGUGCCAGACGUGUCCCCCUGCUUAAGCCAGUACAUGUCCAGGCCCGUCUGAAGUUUGCUAGAGUGCAUUUGGAUGAUCCAGAAGAGGAUUGGGAGAAUGUCAUAUGGUCAGAUGAAACCAAAAUAUAACUUUUUGGUAAAAACUCAACUCGUCGUGUUUGGAGGACAAAGAAUGCUGAGUUGCAUCCAAAGAACACCAUACCUACUGUGAAGCAUGGGGGUGGAAACAUCAUGCUUUGGGGCUGUUUUUCUGCAAAGGGACCAGGACGACUGAUCCGUGUAAAGGAAAGAAUUAAUGGGGCCAUGUAUCGUGAGAUUUUGAGUGAAAACCUCCUUCCAUCAGCAAGGGCAUUGAAGAUGAAACGUGGCUGGGUCUUUCAGCAUGACAAUGAUCCCAAACACACCGCCCGGGCAACGAAGGAGUGGCUUCGUAAGAAGCAUUUCAAGGUCCUGGAGUGGCCUAGCCAGUCUCCAGAUCUCAACCCCAUAGAAAAUCUUUGGAGGGAGUUGAAAGUCCGUGUUGCCCAGCGACAGCCCCAAAACAUCACUGCUCUAGAGGAGAUCUGCAUGGAGGAAUGGGCCAAAAUACCAGCAACAGUGUGUGAAAAUCUUGUGAAGACUUACAGAAAACGUUUGACCUGUGUCAUUGCCAACAAAGGGUAUAUAACAAAGUAUUGAGAAACUUUUGUUAUUGACCAAAUACUUAUUUUCCACCAUAAUUUGCAAAUAAAUUCAUUAAAAAUCCUACAGUGUGAUUUUCUGGAUUUCUUUCUUCUCAUUUUGUCUGUCAUAGUUGACGUGUACCUAUGAUGAAAAUUACAGGCCUCUCUCAUCUUUUUAAGUGGGAGAACUUGCACAAUUGGUGGCUGACUAAAUACUUUUUUUCCCCACUGUAUGGUCGGACCAAAAUCAUGAUUUGGAAUCAUCUUAUACUGUAAAGUCAUUCGUAGUGCUUUAUUAAGAAAUAUAAUAAAUAGACUCCUGAGGUAUUCAAUAAAUACGUUGUUUAAUCUAAUACGUCCAAGCAGCAAUGCAUGAUUCAAGAUGUUUUGAUGUGCAACCUAAUCCAGUGAUUGUCAUGAAUUUUGGGUUGACAAUUAGGCUAUAGUUGCUAUAGUAUAUUGUCAAAAUAGGACCCCAGAAUUCCCUGCAACUGCAUUUUGAAAUGUUAUGCGAUCAGACAUUUUUCUCUCCAGCGCAUGGGGGGAGAGGAGAGUGGCUCGCUCAUCACAGCAGUAUGCCCCAGCGAGGACACAGUGGCAGGGCUGACACUUUCAUUACAGGAAUCAUGAGGAUAAUGCACUUUACUGUUUGAUCAAAUCAUGGUUUUAGCCACCCAAAAAAUAGGAAGUACUGAGUGAGGUGACAAUGUAGAAAAUUUAUAGACACCUUUUCCCUUUUUGAAGAUCCAUGAUCCUGGCUGUCUAACUGAUGACAGAAUCGGAGCAGGUCUCUUUGCUGAUGGCGCGUUUGACUUUGAAUGUGAGUUUGCAUGACCUCAGCUCUGCCUAUCAGAAAAACUUGGCCAGCCCAUCUUGGUAGGGGGGUCGGCUGUUGCCCACUGAUCAACCAAAGGCUCAUUAUAGAUAUACAGUGAGGGAAAAAAGUAUUUGAUCCCCUGCUGAUUUUGUACGUUUGCCCACUGACAAAGACAUGAUCAGUCUAUAAUUUUUAUGGUAGGUUUAUUUGAACAGUGAGAGACAGAAUAACAACAAAACAAUCCAGAAAAACGCAUGUCAAAAAUUGUAUAAAUUGAUUUGCAUUUUAAUGAGGGAAAUAAGUAUUUGACCCCUCUGCAUAACAUGACUUAGUACUUGGUGGCAAAACCCUUGUUGGCAAUCACAGAGGUCAGACGUUUCUUGUAGUUGGCCACCAGGUUUGCACACAUCUCAGGAGGGAUUUUUUUCCACUCCUCUUUGCAGAUCUUCUCCAAGUCAUUAAGGUUUCGAGGCUGACGUUUGGCAACUCGAACCUUCAGCUCCCUCCACAGAUUUUCUAUGGGAUUAAGGUCUGGAGACUGGCUAGGCCACUCCAGGAUCUUAAUGUGCUUCUUCUUGAGCCACUCCUUUGUUGCCUUGGCCAUGUGUUUUGGGUUAUUGUCAUGCUGGAAUACCCAUCCACGGCCCAUUUUCAAUGCCCUGGCUGAGGGAAGGAGGUUCUCACCCAAAAUUUGGGUGAGUCCAUCGUCCCUUUGAUGCGGUGAAGUUGUCCUGUCCCCUUAGCAGAAAAACACCCCCAAAGCAUAAUGUUUCCACCUCCAUGUUUGACGGUGGGGAUGAUGUUCUUGGGGUCAUAGGCAGCAUUUCUCCUCCUCCAAACACGGCGAGUUGAGUUGAUGCCAAAGAGCUCGAUUUUGGUCUCAUCUGACACUUUCACCCAGUUCUCCUCUGAAUCAUUCAGAUGUUCAUUGGCAAACUUCAGACGGCCCUGUAAUGUGCUUUCUUGAGCAGGGGGACCUUGCGGGCGCUGCAGGAUUUCAGUCCUUCACGGCGUAGUGUGUUACCAAUUGUUUUCUUGGUGACUAUGGUCCCAGCUGCCUUGAGAUCAUUGACAAGAUCCUCCCGUGUAGUUCUAGGCUGAUUCCUCACCGUUCUCAUGAUCAUUGCAACUCCACGAGGUGAGAUCUUGCAUGGAGCCCCAGGCGGAGGGAGAUUGACAGUUCUUUUGUGUUUCUUCCAUUUGCGAAUAGUCCCACCAACUGUUGUCACCUUCUCACCAAGCUGCUUAGCGAUGGUCUUGUAGCCCAUUCCAGCCUUGUGUAGGUCUACAAUCUUGUCCCUGACAUCCUCGGAGAGCUCUUUGGUCUUGGCCAUGGUGGAGAGUUUGGAAUCUGAUUGAUUGAUUGCUUCUGUGGACAGGUGUCUUUUAUACAGGUAACAAACUGAGAAUAGGAGAACUCCCUUUAAGAGUGUGCUCCUAAUCUUAGCUCGUUACCUGUAUAAAAGACACCUGGGAGCCAGAAAUCUUUCUGAUUGAGAGGGGGUCAAAUACUUAUUUCCCUCAUUAAAAUGCAAAUCAAUGUAUAAAAUUUUGGACAUGCGUUUUUCUGGAUUUCUUUGUUGUUAUUCUGUCUCUCACUGUUCAAAUAAACCUACCAUUAAAAUUAUAGACUGAUCAUGUCUUUGUCAAAGGGCAAACGUACAAAUUCAGCAGGGGAUCAAAUACUUUUUUCCCUCACUGUAAGUGUUUGAUACAUCAGAAAAGCAGAACUUAAUAUUUGGUACAGAAACCUUUGUUUGCAAUUACAGAGAUCAUACGUUUCGUGUAGGUCUUGACCAGGUUUGCACACACUGCAGCAGGGAUUUUGGCCCACUCCUCCAUACAGACCUUCUCCAGAUCCUUCAGGUUUCGGGGCUGUCGCUGGGCAAUACGGACUUUCAGCUCCCUCCAAAGAUUUUCUAUUGGGUUCAGGUCUGGAGACUGGUUAGGCCACUCCAGGACCUUGAGAUGCUUCUUACGGAGCCACUCCUUAGUUGCCCUGGCUGUGUGUUUUGGGUCGUUGUCAUGCUGGAAGACCCAGCCACGACCCAUCUUCAAUGCUCUUACUGAGGGAAGGAGGUUGUUGGCCAAGAUCUCACGAUACAUGACCCCAUCCAUCCUCCCCUCAAUACGGUGCAGUCGUCCUGUCCCCUUUGCAGAAAAGCAUCCCCAAAGAAUGAUGUUUCCACCUCCAUGCUUCACGGUUGGGAUGGUGUUCUUGGGGUUGUACUCAUCCUUCUUCCUCCAAACACAGCGAGUGGAGUUUAGACCAAAAAGCUAUAUUUUUGUCUCAUCAGACCACAUGACCUUCUCCCAUUCCUCCUCUGGAUCAUCCAGAUGGUCAUUGGCAAACUUCAGACGGGCCUGGACAUGCGCUGGCUUGAGCAGGGGGACCUUGCGUGCGCUGCAGGAUUUUAAUCCAUGACGGCGUAGUGUGUUACUAAUGGUUUUCUUUGAGACUGUGGUCCCAGCUCUCUUCAGGUCAUUGACCAGGUCCUGCCGUGUAGUUCUGGGCUGAUCCCUCACCUUCCUCAUGAUCAUUGAUGCCCCACGAGGUGAGAUCUUGCAUGGAGCCCCAGACCGAGGGUGAUUGACCGUCAUCUUGAACUUCUUCCAUUUUCUAAUAAUUAUGCCAACAGUUGUUGCCUUCUCACCAAGCUGCUUGCCUAUUGUCCUGUAGCCCAUCCCAGCCUUGUGCAGGUCUACAAUUUUAUCCCUGAUGACCUUACACAGCUCUCUGGUCUUGGCUAUUGUGGAGAGGUUGGAGUCUGUUUGAUUGAGUGUGUGGACAGGUGUCUUUUAUACAGGUAACGAGUUCAAACAGGUGCAGUUAAUACAGGUAAUGAGUGGAGAACAGGAGGGCUUCUUAAAGAAAAACUAACAGGUCUGUGAGAGCCGGAAUUCUUACUGGUUGGUAGGUGAUCAAAUACUUAUGUCAUGCAAUAAAAUGCAAACUAAUUACUUAAAAAUCAUACAAUGUGAUUUUCUGGAUUUUUGUUUUAGAUUCCGCCUCUCACAGUUGAAGUGUACCUAUGAUAAAAAUGACAGACCUCUACAUGCUUUGUAAGUAGGAAAACCUGCAAAAUCGGCAGUGUAUCAAAUACUUGUUCUCCCCGCUGUAUUUAAAAAAAAUUGUGUGUCAAUUUUGACCAGCCCACCCAACUAAAAAAUGGUCCAGCCCAUCUGGCAUUUGCCAGACUUGCCAGUUGGCCAAUCCGCCAUGGAAGAAAAAUUCUAACAUUUGUAUAAAAUUCAUGAAAAAUAAAACACUAAUAUAUCUUGAUUAGAUAAGUAUUCAACCCCCUGAGUCAAUACAUGUUGGAAUCAUCCUUGGCAGCGAUUACAGCUGUGAGUCUUUCUGGGUAAGUUUCUAGGAGCUUUCCACACCUGGAUUGUGCAACAUUUUCCCAUUUAUUAUUUUCAGAAUUCUUCAAGCUCUGUCAAAUUGGUUGUUGAUCAUUGGUAGACAACCAUUUUCAGGUAUUGUCAUAGAUCUUCAAGCAGAUUUAAGUCAAAACUGUAACUUGGCCACUCAGGAACAUUCACUGUCUUCUUGGUAAGCAACUCCAGUGUAUAUUUGGCCUUGUGUGUUAGGUUAUUGUCCUGCUGAAAGGUGAAUUCAACUCCCAGUGUCUGGUGAAAAGCAGACUGAACCAGGUUUUCCUCUGGGAUUUAGCUCCAUUCCGUUUCUCUUUUAUCCUGAAAAACUCCCCAGUCCUUAACGAUUACAAGCAUACCCAUAACAUGAUGCAGCCACCACUAUGCUUGAAAAUAUGGAAAAAAAGUUAAUUUAUUUGCCACAUUUUUUGCAGUAUUACUUUAGUGCCUUGUUGCAAACAUGAUGCAUGUUUUGGAAUAUUUUUAUUCUGUACAGGCUUCCUUAUUUUCACUCUGUCAGUUAGGUUAUUAUUGUGGAGUAACUACAAUGUUGUUUAUCCAUCCUUGUCAAAGACAUUUUGAAAAACAUAAUUCCACUUUGACAUGGGUAUUGUGUGUAGGCCAGUGGCAAAACAAAUCUCUAUUUAAUCCAUUUUAUAUUCAGGCUGUAACACAACAAAAUGUGGAAAAAAAUCAAGGGGUGUGAAUACUUUCUGAAGGCACUAUAUUGUGGAAACUGUUUAUAUAUAUUUUGUUCUUCCUUUUUAUGUUUUUAUUACGAUUAUUGUACUUAUUUCUAUUACACUAUAUACAUUGUUUCUAAUUGUUAUAAUUAUUUAUGACUUUGUUGAUGAAAAAAAUUAUAUAUGGAUUUACCACUUGAACAACUGCUUUUGUUUGAUAUCAUCAAUAAAAUAUAUAGAAAAAAAUAUAUUUAAAAAGGAAAGAAAGGCCUGCACAUAGUAUAUAGCUGCUCCCCAGUGCUUUAUUCCUGCACCAUGUUGGCGGAGGCUUAGUAGGAAGACCAGACCAAAGCAGACCAGAGCAAAGCAGUAGAGACCAGAAUAGUUCUCCUUACUUCCCCAGCUGAUUAGAUUAGCUAACUGGAAUCACAGGAUGCUCCACCACACUCCUGAAAUAUCCUGGGCCUAACUGAUUGAAUCGGAAAAAAAAAGGACAUUCCAAAAGAGCGUCGUGGAAAUUCUACACAGGGACACUCAAAGUAAAUCUUAAAUGAAUCAUUCUUUAUUAUCAGCGCACUGGAGAGGUUCCAACCAACUCAAUGCACCAAGAACACAUGUCGAUCAGGAGCUCUCCCGUGGCAGUCCCAUUAGUUCUCUUAUAAACUGCAGACAAGUUAUAUUUGCAUGAUUUAGUUUAUUCAUCAUUAAUGUUUGCUUCAUUCAUGUGACCGACCAAUACUGGUUCAUGCAUGUGACAGACCAAUACCUCACGAGGCUUCUUCUCUCUAAGCUGAGACCUUGAAACUGAGAUAUCUUUUGUUCUCACAAACAAGGGUCUGGGCGUACUGUCAAAUUGCAGAUAUUGAUAGUGGGGAUUCGUUCAAUCAGUCACAUGCAUGAACAGAAAUUGGUUAUUAGAAAAGCACAAACAAUGAACACAGAAAUUGGUUAUUGGAAAAGCACAAACAUAAAAUGUUCCACCACAUUCCAUCCUCUUAUCACUUGUGUGAUAAUAAUCAUUACAUUUUAAGGUAAGCAGUAGAUUUGAGCUUCUAUAUCAAAAUACAUAAUUAUAAUAAAUCAUAAUAAAGGUUAUACUUCUAUUAACGGGAGUGAAUCUAAUUUUCAUUCAUAGUCAUCAUAUUAAAGCUAAAAUCUACAAUCAAAGUAGUAAGUAAACAAAAUCCAUGCAUAAAACCAUAGACACUUUCAAACCCUUCGUUCUGGGUUGUACAAUCCAACUUGUAAAACCAUGGCUUAAGACCUUCGCUUCAUACAGUUACACAUAUGCUUCAUUACACAAUUUCAUUUAUGGAUUCUGGCCAUGACAUUUCAGCUGGAGCUUUUGUCGCGAGUGGCAUGUUAAUGACAGAUCGGUAUCUCAAUGCAUUUCUACUUUAAAUUACUAUAAAUUUCGCAGUGUGCAGACCUCCACAAUCAACCUGGGACUGCAUGGCCAGGCACGACUCCAACACCAUCAUUAAGUUUGCCGAUGACACAACAGUGGUAGGCCUGAUCACCGACAAUGAUGAGACAGCCUAUAGGGAGGAGGUCAGAGACCUGGCCGUGUGGUGCCAGGACAACAACCUCUCCCUCAACGUGAUCAAGACAAAGGAGAUGAUUGUGGACUACAGGAAAAAGAAGAGGACUGAGCACGCCCUCAUUCUCAUCGACAGGGCUGUAGUGGAGCAGGUUGAGAGCUUCAAGUUCCUUGGUGUCCACAUCAUCAACAAACUAACAUGGUCCAAGCACACCAAGACAGUUGUGAAGAGAGCACGACAAAACCUAUUCCUGAAAAUUUGGCAUGGGUCCUCAGAUUCUCAAAAGGUUCUACAGCUGCACCAUCGAGAGAAUCCUGACUGGUUGCAUCACCGCCUGGUAUGGCAACUGCUCGGCCUCCGACCGCAAGGCACUACAGAGGGUAGUGCGUACGGCCCAGUACAUCACUGGGGCCAAGCUUCCUGCCAUCCAGGACCUCUAUACCAGGCGGUGUCAGAGGAAGCCCCUAAAAAUGGUCAAAGACUCUAGCCACCCUAGUAAUAGACUGUUCUCGCUGCUACCGCACGGCAAGCAGUUCCGGAGCGCCAAGUCUAGGUCCAAGAGGCUUCUAAACAGUUUCUACCCCCAAGCCAUAAGACUCCUGAACGUCUAAUCAAAUGGCUACCCAGACUAUUUGCAUUGCCACCCCUCUUUUACGCUGCUGCUACUCUCUGUUUACUAUCUAUGCAUAGUCACUUUAAUAACUCUACCUACAAGUACAUAUUACCCCAAUUACCUCGACUAGCCGGUGCCCCCGCACAUUGACUCAGUACCGGUACCCCCUGUAUAUAGCCUCGCUAUUGUUAUUUUACUGCUGCUCUUUAAUUAUUUGUUACUUUUAUUUCGUAUUAUUUUAUAUUGUAUUUUUUUGUGAUUUCUUUUGGUAUUCUUUCUUAAAACUGCAUUGUUGGUUAAGGGCUUGUAAGUAAGCAUUUCACUGUAAGGUCUACACCUGUUGUAUUCGGCGCAUGUGACAAAUAACAUUAGAUUUUAUUUUAUUUAAGGUCGAGAUCAUGCCCCCAGUAAUGCGGUUAUAGCACUUCUCUGAAAGAUACUCAUGAUGUAUGUGUAGUUUGUCGCGCCAAGACGUCUCUCAGUCCGUGUGCGCAUUGCCACGUACUACGUAUAAACUCCCUGGAAAGACGUGUAGCAUUCUUGAAGGAGCUUGGAAUUACCCGUACAUCGGCUGGGACCGAGGUGCAGGAAGCAGAGAUGGAUUGGGUGGUCGGUGCAAAUGUCUUGUCUGCCUGGGCAUGGGGUAUGCGGUGGAUGCCUGCGCCUAACCCGGCUCCUGUGCGCUCUGUCGGGAGGCUACUCAAAAAGAGAGGGUGGCUAGGUUCGGUGGGUACCCCCCACUGCCUGUGCCUGUGUUACUUCUAUUUAUUUUUAUUUUUUAUUUAAUGUUUUCUCUGUAUUUUUUGUAUUAUUUUUAAUACACCUGUUUUAUUCGGCGCAUGUGACAAAUAACGUUUGAUUUGAUCUGAUUUAUUCUAAAUGACUUCUUGUUAUUAUUAUUAUCCAGGCUCUGUCGUAGCCGGCCGCGACCGGGAGACCCAUGGGGCGGCGCACAAUUGGCCCAGCGUCGUCCAGGGUAGGGGAGGGAAUGGCCGGCAGGGAUGUAGCUCAGUUGGUAGAGCAUGACGUUUGCAACGCCAGGGUUGUGGGUUCGAUUCCCACGGGGGGUAUAAAAAAAAGAAUGUAUGCACUCACUAACUGUAAGUCGCUCUGGAUAAGAGUGUCUGCUAAAUGACGUUAAAUGUAAAUGUAAAUAUUAUCCAAAAAUCAGCUUAAUAUCCACAUUUCAAUCAUCUUAAUACGUCCUUUCCACAAUCACACAACUCUCACAUCCACAUUCACUUCGUAUACUAUUCCCAAACACACCCUGUAAUCUCCCUUAUUACCCCAUGUGCAUCUUUAACGAUUCUCUAUCUUUACUUCCUAUGCACCAUAUGUAUAUUUCUAUACAUAUAGAAUAGCACCUCGUUACUUGCCCUCGCUCUAGUCUUGUCUCUAAGACUAGCUCUAGCCUUCUUCUGUCAUAUGUAUCACCGCCAAGAGCAAGGGAGUGUGUGUGUGUGUGUGUGUCUGUGUCAAUGAGGGACUGUAUGUGUGUCUGUCAUGUGUCCACCUAGUCAAUAAGCACAUUUACAAUUCCGACAGACUGUUACGCAUACAGACUAAUGUCCAAAAUCAUGACUUUGUUAUUGACGAUCUGUAUGUUACUAACUAUCUACUUUUGAAUAGAGCCCUAGACAGAGGAUCAUGUUAGUAGUAUAAUGACAAACAUAGGACGCUGGUCAAAGGCAGUGCAAUAUAAUGAGGAAUAGGGUGUUAUUUGAGGUUUGUCUUCCCCCCCCUUCACCUCUCUCUCUCUAUCGUUAUCUCACUCACUCACUUUCUCUCUCUCUCAAUUCAAUAUACAUUUUGGACAUGGAAAGUUAAAGCACUUACAUUGUCAUAGUAAACACAAGUAAUAAUAACACACUCUCUCUCCCUAGUUGGUGUCAGCAGAUGGUUCUCACGGGGGUUCCGAUGGGGGCUCUAUGUGUGCAGACAGCCAGGCAGAGCUGCCACUCCCUUUGGAGAGGACCGGCGGCAUCGGAAACUCAAGACCCCCCUCUUUCCAGUCAGUAUCUGCAAAGUGGUGUGUGCAUGCGUGUGUGUGAGUGCGUGUGUGACUCAAGUUGAUCCAUCUGGCAUAGAGAUGGGUAUAUACUAGUGACAGUCCAAAGUCUAUGCCUUUGACUGUCAGGGGUCGCUAAACUCCUGCUCUCCCUGUAUUUUCUGUACCAGAGGUAGAGACCACUGUCCUCUUGCCAGGCCACUGUUAUAUGGGCACUGGUCAAAAGUAUUGCACUAUAUAUGGAAUAGGGUGCCAUUUGGGAUGCAUCCCGGUCUUUAGUCCUACCACAGAGACAGCUGGGAAGUAUAUACCUAUUUGUGAAGACUGUGCGACUGGUGAUGUGACACCCCACUGUCUUUCUCCCAUUUACACUGUUGCUCUUUCUUUCUCACACACGUUGUUCUUCUAUCCUCAUUUGGAUGUAAAAUACAAAAUUGAAAAUCCUAUUUUCCCUAGCCCCUAAACCUAACCCUAACCACUAACCCCUUACCCCUUACCCUAACCCUAAUUGUAACCCUAACCCCUAAGCUUAAAAUAGUCUUUGCCCCCCCCCCCCCCCCCCCCCAAAUAAUUGAUUCCCAUCCAAAAUCCUAUUUUCCCUAACCUCUAACCCUAAAUCUAAAUCUAAGCCUAACCUUAACCCCAAACCCUAACCCUAAUCUAUACCUAACCCUAACCCUAAUUGUAACCCUAAACCUGACCCCUAAGCCUAAAAUAGCAUUUGUCCUCUUGAGGAUCUGCAAAAUCUCCCCACUUGUCAGAAUUGUCAUUGUUUUACUAUCCUUGUGAGGACUUCUGGUACCCACAAGGAUGGUUAAACAAAAACACAGUCACACCACACACACACACACACACACACACACACACUAAUAGCUAGUGACCAGGCUCCAUUGACUUUAAACCUAAUCGACCUUCCCAGCCAUCUAAUCAGACAAUCAAUGUUUCUCAGUGCUUAUAUUGAUCAUUAUGGUGUGGAAGUGGCCUUGGCUUAGCUAUGGUGAGGUGUAUAAUUAAAUACUUACUGUGUGUGUGUGUAUGUAUGUAUGUGUGUGAUUUCUUUGUAUUCAUUUUGUAUUUUAUCCAAAUCAAAUCUAGUAUCUGUCUGUCUGUGUCUCUCUCUGCCUACCCCAUGGGAACUCGGCGUCAAUAUUAAAUCAGCCAGCUGGGCAGGUCUUUAUCGCACAAACACAAACACACAGACAGGCGCUCACGUUCUCUUUGUAGCUAGCUCCCGGCAUGCUCUGGUGAGGCUGACAUUAAAACACACUGACAUUCUGAUAGCAGCACUUGACACUUAAAGGCCCGUCUGGAACUUGCUGGUGUGUCCUGUCAAACAGUUGUGUGUAGAAGAAGGGAAAAGAGACAAAUCUUUGUGAAAUAUAAUCCCUUCUUUUUGAAUUCAUUUUCUCUUUUACUCCUCCUUUGACUUUUUUUCCCACCUGUCCGUCAGUGCUAAUGCUGCUGGCAGUCAGGACAACCUGGACAACGAGACAGAGACGGAGUCGGUCGUGUCGCUACGGAGAGAGAGGGUGUGGGAGAGAGACCGGGGCAGGGAGAGAGAGAGGCCGCGAAGGAAAGAUAAAGAUAUUCAUGACCAUGGUAAGACUUGGUGUCUGUCCAUCUGCCUUCAUUCCUCAUUCCUGAGUCGAUGCAAUAGAAAGUUCGCUGGCUGAUAAAAUAAAGUCGAGACAAGUUGGAAUGUUCACAUGCUCAUUGAAAAUGACUGUAUCAAACAACAAUGGAACAUUCUUUUGGGUGGAUCUCAUCUUUAAAACCAUGGGAUAUGGUACAUUUUUGCUAUCACAUCUAAAGAUUUAACUAGACUGACUCAUCAUUGAAACAACAAUGUUACAAAUAGCAGAACUACAUAUUUGUUUUAGGGAAAUUGGUCAUACUGGGAAAUAAUAGAGGAGGCCAAGUCCCCCCCAAUUAGAAUUCAGGACCUUCCUUCUGGGAUAAAGCAAACAAAAAAAAAUUGGGGGAAAAAUAUUAAUUGACUGUUACCAAGUCAAUAAUUAUCUGGGCACAACUUGUAAUUUUCAUGAGUUAUCUCCUAUUUGGAAUAACAUUUAUUUUUUCAUCUUCCCUUUAUAUUCCCUCCUUUUUCUAUUUUUAAGGAUAUCUUCAACCUGCAAGGGCUUCGUUCCUUUCAAGAUCUGAAAAUCAUAUUUUCUCCCUGGUUCUUCCUGGGUUUUUUUUUCCAUCUCGGACUCCGUACAGUGUUGAAAACUUACGGGGUACCAUAGGACACCACACCAGGCUCCCACUCUUUAUUUAAAUAGUUUUCAUGUCCAGGGAAAGCCGGAAUGGUGUCCUUACUAUAUGAUAGGUUAGUGACUCAUAAUAUAAAAAAUUGACAGUUUAUGGAGGUCAGGGAGAAUGACAUACAAAGUGCUGGGUUUGAAUAAGAAUUGACCACAGUAUGCGGCAAUAUUUUUGCCUCUUCUAAGAGCCUCGCCCAUCAACUUAUUCAUUUUAAAUUUUACCACGGAGCAAAGUUCGGGUGGGCAAUUAUAUGCAUAUGUUUUGGAGCUCUGUAUUGGUGAAGUCUCUUUGGGUUCAUGUUGUUAAUAUUUUAAAUGUUAUUCUUGGCAGGAGCCUACCUGUUUGCCCAUCCCUCCUCCUUUUGGGUUGUAGCCCUAGCAUUUCGUUAUCUAAUCAAGAGAGGCGGAUUGUUAUGGCUGCAAUAACAGCAGGCAAAAUGGUCAAUGGGUGAACCUCAAAAGUUUUUCCUUGAUUCCUUGCAUCCUCUCUCCUCGCCUCCUUAUCAAAAUGUCAGAGGGGGGCGAGGUCUUCUCCUCCAAUGCUCUGUACACUUCACUCUGACACUGAGAAGGAGGCGAAGAGAGAGGAUGUGAGAAAUAAAAUUAAAAUUAUUCUGAACCUAGAGCAGAGCCAAGCCAAGCUAUACUGAGCUGGCCUGGUUACACAACCACCAUAGUUGAACCGUGCUGAAAAGAAAAUAUCGGAACCAGCAGUUUGGUUCGGGUUGGCACAUAGUGUGAAAAAGGUAAUUAUGUACUGUAUGACAUCAUUGAUUUUAUUAAUUGAUUAUUAUUCAUAUUCUUAUUAGGGCACACCAUAGCAAAACAUUUAGCUUACCAAAAAAAAUUAUUUGUGCGUUUCUUAUUGGACAAGUCCAGGUACUCCCUUCCUAUUUCAUUCAGUUUUCUUCCAUUUGGUGCCUACUGAAUAAUACCAGGUUGACCUCUCUUCCGCUUGCUCUCCUCAGGUGGCAGAUUGAAUGGUCACACGCGUCCAGAGCGGGAGCCGCGGCGACCGUUGCUGGCGGGCUACGAGAGCUCGUCAACGCUGAUGAGUUCUGAGCUGGAGAUGACAAGCUUCUUCGACUCUGAAGACGAUGACGCAUCCAGUCGGUGAGCACCACACACAAACACUGAUGAAUCAACAAAAUAUGGCUUUUAAUUAUCUCAAAAGGGGACUAAAUAUCCCCAAACGUGGCAAAUCAAUUACCGCCACGAUAAAUGAAAAAUGUUGGGUUGUAUUUUGAGUGGAACAUCCCUUUAACACGAAGAGAUCACCUCAAGGUUGUUCAUUGCUGCCAAUGUUGGUUGCAAUAGGCCCUGAAGGGUUAGAGCCAAGGGGAAGCGGUGGGGAGGGAAUUGACUACUCAUUCAUUUACACUCACCACUCACAUGCAUGUACCCAAGACACUUAAGAUGUGUCAUCUCAAAUGACAGCAUUACAUAAAACACUUGACCACCUUGCACAUCCACUUGACAUAUACACUCUACGUGAUCGCUAUCUAGUCUUAUUAAAGCUCCCACAAAUCAUAUGCUCUAGAAAAACCCCACAAAAGACUGUUGCUUUUCUCUUUCAGCUCAAUGGCCACAUCUAUGAUUGGCUCAAAUGGAUGCAGUCACAUGUGGCCAUUUAACCACUGGCAGAUGAGUGUGCAUUGUGUGUCAUGACACCGGAAUGAGUUGUGUCACCGCUGUGAUGUCAUCACCCACAGGUUCAGUGACUCCACGGAGCAGAGCACGUUGUCGAGGCUCGUGAGACGACAUCGUUGGCGACGGCGGAAACCCAAAGUGCCACAGAUGGAGAGGGUAAGACACACACACACACACACACAUAGAAAGAAACACGCUCACACACUUCACAGAUGUACAUUUUGCUUUGUGUUCAGUGGUCCUUGUGCAUGUCCUCACCUCUGUCUCUGUCAAUCAUUCCUCUACUCCGCCCUCUCUUUCUGUCCAGUCGUCCUCUUUCAGCAGCGUCACAGAUUCCACCAUGUCACUGAACAUCAUCACUGUCACUUUAAAUAUGGGUGAGUAGCACAGUUUGACUAUAUAUGUGUAAUGUAUAUACGUUUAUGUCUAUAUGAUGUUAUUUUAUACAUCUUUGGUGACUUAUGGAUUGAUUUAAAAGAUUCAAAGACCACCCACUGGGCACAGACGUCAAUUCAACAUCUAAUUUUGAUUUACGUUUGGUUGAGUUGUCAACUCCAUGAAUUCAACCUAAAAUCAACAAAACAUUUCACCAUGUCAUUGGAUUUAGGUUAAAAGUUGGGUGAAAAAUUGAUUAAAUGCCCUUACGUUGAUGACUUUUUUCAAAUCCAAUUAGUUUUCCACGUUGUUUCAACGUCAUCACAUUGUUUUUGGGGGUUGAAAUGACGUGGAAACAAUGUUGAUUCAACCAGUAGAUCAGAAGUCCUUCGAGACGUUUUGUGAAUACGAGACCAGAGGCCAGACUUCUCCUUCACUAUGUAGGGAAGGUAUCCUUUUUUUGUUCAACACUCUUUCUUUCUCGUCAUUACUCUUCCUUCCUCCUCUCCUCCUCCCUCCUUCCAUGCAGAGAAGUAUAACUUCCUGGGCAUCAGUAUUGUGGGUCAGAGUAAUGAGAAAGGAGAUGGAGGAAUCUAUAUCGGCUCUAUCAUGAAGGGAGGGGCGGUGGCCGCUGACGGACGCAUCGAGCCUGGAGACAUGCUCCUGCAUAUGUUUGUUAAGAGUGUGUAUGUUUAACAGUGGUGGAAAAAGUACCCAAUUGUCAUACUUGAGUAAAAGUAAAGAUACCUUAAUAGAAAAUGUAAAAUUGAAAAAUUGAAAGUCACCCAGUAAAAUACUACUUAAGUAUCACAAGUAAAUGUAAUUGCUAAAAUAUAUUGAAGUAUCAAAAGUAAAGUAUAAAUCAUUUCAAAUUCCUUAUAUUAAGCAAACCAGAUGGCACAAUGUUCUUGUUUUUUAAAUUAUAGAUAGCCAGGGGUACACUCCAGCACUCAGACAUAAUUUACAAACAAAGCAUUUGUGUUUAGUGAGUCCGCCAGAUCAGAGGCAGUAGGGAUGACGAGUGAUGUUCUCUGUGGGGCCCCUUGUAGCUCAGUUGGUAGAGCAUGGCGCUUGCAACGCCAGGGUUGUGGGUUCGAUUCCCACGGGGUCCCAGUAUGAAAAUGUAUGCACUCACUAACUGUAAGUCGCUCUGGAUAAGAGCGUCUGCUAAAUGACUAAAAUCUUUUAAAAAAUCUAAAAUCUCUUGAUAAGUGUGUGAAUUGGACCAUUUUCCUGUCCUGCUAAGCAUUCAAAAUGUAACAAGUACUUUUGGGUGUCAGGGAAAAUGUAUGGAGUAAAAAGUACAUUGUUUUCUUUAGGAGUGAAGUAAAAGUAAAAGUAACAACAAAAAAAAAUAGUAAAGUACAGAUACCCCAAAAAACUACUUAAGUAGUACUUUAAAGUAUUUUUACUUAAGUACUUUAUUCCACUGGCGUUUAAGUGGCAAGAAAGUGAGAAUAAGAAGGAUGGUUUGAGGUCUUUAAUUGGACUUGGUUGGUAGGAUUUCCUGCUUUCUUUCUCGCCCUUUUCUACACCCCCCCCAUCUCUCAUUCCCUCUCUUUUCCAGGUGAACGACAUCAACUUUGAGAACAUGAGCAACGAUGAUGCAGUAAGAGUACUGAGGGAGAUUGUGCAUAAGCCAGGGUAAGGAGCAGUCUCUCACACACACACACUGAAACCUACACGCUGAUACGUGCUGAGGAUCACAAAUUGCUUCUGGUGUGUUUGUGUGUAUGUGUUAUAAACAGUGAGUUAACUGAGUGUCUGCUGUGUGUAAUUGUUGACAGCCCUAUUACUCUGACUGUGGCUAAGUGCUGGGAUCCUAACCCUCGAGGAUGCUUCACACUACCGAGAAGUGAGUACUCACACACAACAUCAUGUAAUUAGACUUAAUGACUUGGUAAACACUUCCUCAGAUGGAUAUCUUUUCCUCUUGGGAAGAUCAAUUGUCACCUCUAAGAUUUGACAUUCUUUCAUUUGCUUUCAUGGGGAGAAAUCAAUGUAAAUGUGUUUUAGCAUUACUUACAGUCUUCAAGCUAGAUCAUGUUCCACAGAGACGAUACACCCCUUUCUCUGUGUAGGUGAGCCGAUCCGUCCCAUAGACCCUGCUGCCUGGGUGUCCUACACUGCAGCAAUGACGGGGGUGUACCCAGUGUACGGUAUGAGCCCUUCUAUGAGCACAAUCACCUCCACCAGCUCUUCCAUCACAAGCUCCAUCCCUGAGACUGAGCGUAAGUCACCCCUCCCAUUCCCUCUCCACCCUCCCCAGCGGGCAAAAGUUGUCAUGGGACAACCUAAAGUUUGUGGUCGAAAUGUGGUUGUGACGUCAGAUAACCAGAUUACAACCAGGUGAAAAAGUAAUUUUCACAACGACAUCGAUACCUGAUGGAAAAAAAACACAUUUUGGUUGUUUUCUGGUCGAAGCAACGUCAAGAUUACCAUCAGGCAAAGAUGUAUUUUUCUGUUCUCUAAAAAGACAUGUAGAAAAACGUGUCCUAUUUUAGUCAGUAUAACCUGUUAUGAUGUCAUUUCAACCAGUUUUGCCCUGUUUUGCCUGCUGGGUUGUUUCACUACUGCAGCUAUCUGACUGUUGGUCUCUUUCCUUCUUUCCCAUCCAGGGUUCGAUUACUUUCAUCUAUCCACUCACAGCGACAUGGCAACAAUUGCCAAAGCAAUGGCCAAUCCAGAGUCUGGCCUGGAAGUGCGAGACAGGAUGUGGCUCAAGAUCACAAUCCCCUCCGCCUUCAUAGGUAUUCUUUCUCUCUUUACUCUCUUCUGUCUGUAUUGUCUCGCUUUCAUAGGGACUAUUGUUAAGGUCUCUCUCACCCUCUCCAACUGGCUGUCUGUCUGUCUCUGUCUCAGGCUCGGACGUGGUGGACUGGCUCUACCAUCACGUAGAGGGCUUCACUGACCGCCGUGAGGCCAGGAAGUACGCCAGCAACCUGCUGAAGGCCGGCUGUAUCCGGCACACCGUCAACAAGAUCACCUUCUCCGAGCAGUGCUACUACAUCUUCGGAGACCUCUGUGGCAGUGAGUCCUAUUAUCUCUUUCUCUUCAACAAGAUAGGUUUCUUUAUGCGCAUGACUCUUCACUUCUCCUUUACUCUUUCUUCUUUAACAACAUAUUUGUUAAAGCCAUAUCUCCUACUUUCUCUCGUCUUCUCCACUCUCUCCCUUCCCCUCCUCCCAUUUUCUCCCCUGCCAUCUCUCUCAGAUAUGGCUAACCUCUCCCUGGGAGACCACGAAGGGUCGAGUGGGGCGUCCGACCAGGACACCCUUGCUCACCUGCCCCACCCUGGGGCUGCCCCCUGGCCCCUGGCCUUCCCCUACCAGUACCCUAUCCCACACCCCUACAACCCACACCCUCUGCACGAGCCCCCCCGAAGCCAACCUGGAGGGGGGGACAGUGCGGGCAGCCAGCACAGCGAAGGUAAGAUGCUCCGGUACACAUAAACAUAAGCGCGAACUAACGGAGAGACACACGCAGAACUGAAAGGCAAACCGAAUGACUGGACUGACAUACACACAUUAAUACCCUGUGGAGACUAUAAACCUGUAACUCUCAACCUCUCUCCCUUUCUCUCUCUCUCCUUUGCAGGGAGUCGUAGCAGCGGGUCCAACCGCAGUGGCAGUAAGAAGGAAGUGGCUGCUGGGGGGGCAGGCGGUGGCGAGUCCAAGUCGACAGGAAGCGGCAGCGAAUCGGAGCUGAGGAGGGAGAAGGCCCCCAGUGAGCGCUUAGUGGCGGCGCCCCCUAGUGAGCACAGCAUGCACAGCACGUACAGCAUGGCCCAAAGUGUCAACAGCACCCACUCCCACAGAGGUAGCCUGGUGUACGGACCCCCCGGCCUGCCGGCCCAGCCCCCGCCCUCCCUCCCCACCACGGCCCCCCCUGGGUCGACCCCGGGCCGAGACCUAGCCUCCGUGCCCCCCGAACUCACCGCCUCACGCCAAUCGUUCCACAUGGCCAUGGGCAACCCCAGCGAGUUCUUUGUCGAUGUCAUGUGA